AUGGAUACUCAACAUCAUCAUCACGAAGCUGCCAAUUCUCCAUUUAACAACUAUGACGAGCACUGGGUAAAGACCAAUGACAAUGAAUUGUUAGAAGAAUACGCGGAAAAGCAACCAGCAGUUCCAGUCAAGCGUCCUUUCUACAAAAAGAAGAAAUAUUGGAUUAUUUGUUCAGUCAUAUCAGCCAUUAUCAUUGUUGUCGUUGUGCUUCUGAUUAUCUUUGUCGCCUUCCCCAAGAUAGCUCAGAGUUUGAUGAACCAAUCUAAGAUUGAUGUCAAUACUGCACAGAUAUCAUUCAGCAAGCCCAGCUCGCUUGAAAGUCAAACGUACAGUAAACGCGAUGGCGGUGACAAUAUGAAUACCACUUUCUAUAUGAAUAUGGAAAGCUCUCUCAAGAACACGGGCCCUUUCUCAGCUGAUAUAAAGUUUCAUAAUCCAAUCAAUGUCUUGUAUAAAGAUCAAAUUUUAGGUGACAUUUGGUUGUAUAAUAACACUCAUAUUUCUGGUGGCCAUGGUUCUCUGAAUGCUAUGACACCCUUUGUCAUCCGUGAUGAAGCUGCUUUUGCUUCUUUUGCUAAAGAUAUGCUGGCUGUAGAUGAAUUCAAAUGGAUUCUGAAAGGAAAGCUCGAUAUCACUGCUCUUACAAGAACUGCUACCGUUGAUCUCAAUAAGGAAAUUACCUUGAAUGGUAUGAAUGGCUUCCCUAAUGUCAAGAUUAAUUCUUUCCAAAUGCCGGGCGAUGAUCCUACUGGUGGUAUACUUGUUGAAUUGGGAACUGUUUUGACUAGUCCUUCUCCUAUUGGUGUACAAUUAGGCACAAUUGCUAUGGCUAUCGGCUACGACGGUAUUUCGUUGGGUACUGUCAAGGCCGAGAACGUUCAAUUGCAAAAGGGUGAUAACAAUAUUCCACUCAAGGGUACUUUAGUUCCGCAUAAUGAUACCGCUACUUUAGACAAAAUCGGUACUUUGUUCUCCAACUAUGUAGCUGGUAAGACUUCCAAUACCAGUGCUAUUGGUAUUUCUUGUGCACCUGAUGGGGUGAACCCUAUCAGCUGGCUGUCAGAAGGUUUUAAGACUGUAAAACUCAACGUUGCCUUGGGUGCACCUGAACCUCUAAAGAUCAUCCAAUCUGUCAGUAUGGGUUACCUUGAUCUGAAAUUUGAUAGCAACACGCCUUAUGCUCCUCUUGUCAAUGCACCCAUUGUCAAUGCAAACUUCCAAAUUCCUUUUGGUUUCUCAUUGAAUAUCACUGAAGUUAAUCAGAACAUCACAAUGGCUAUCAACACCUCUAGUACCGAGACGGCUGAUUUUGCGGUACUUCAAGUUCCUUUUGUACCUGCUAUCAGUGAUCAAAAUGCAGGUACUCUCCAAUUUGGUAUCAAGGAUAGUAACAUUGCUGGUAUUACUGGUAAAGAGCAAAUCUUCAACAAGUAUACUUACGAAUUGACUGCUUCCAACAACUACACUUUUAUGAUUUCUGGCAAUGCUUCUACAAAGACCAAUACACCCAUUGGCCCUAUCACUCUUGGCGGUAUUCAAUUCACCGUACCUACUCAACUUCAUGGUCUUCAAUUCUUGAACAGCUCAGCUACUGUUAUCAACUCUUUAGAUGUAACCGGUGGUACCACUGAGAACCUAUUGUUGUCUAUUAAUGUUACUAUGACCAACCCUUCCGAUUUCAGUAUCUCUACAGGUGAUGUCAGUUUUAUCAUGGGAUCGGACGGAACUGAUUUGGGUGUUGUCACUCUUCAGAAUUUGACUCUUGCACGCGGUAAUAAUCAGGUCUCUGCUUCUGCUACUUUUGAUCCUAAGUCAUCUGACGUUGGACAAAAUUUAUUGUCUACGUUUGUCAUGGGACAAGACAACUCAGUUAUAAUCUCAGGUUAUGCUAACUCUACUAAUAUUGCGUCCCUCGUCGACUCUUUGAGUGCUAUUAGUCUUGGAUCUACUCUUCCUGGCCUCAAGACAGCUUUGAUUCAAGGAGGUAGAUUGACCGUUCGUUCCGACGUUAUUCAAACUGGCUUAGUGGAUGUUACCGUGUCUAUUGCCAACCCGUUUUCUGCUGGCCUGUCCAUUAAUAAGGUGGUUGCGGCUGCUACAUAUACUGGUAUGCCCAUUGGUAAUAUUGAUCAAGAUAUCAGUAGCAGUCCAUUUGUCAUUCCUGGAAAAAGCGUUGCUAAAUCUCAAGCCUUAUCCAUGACUAUGAAUGUUGAGCCUGCCUCCGUUGCUUUGCUUCUAAGAACACUUGCUAAAAACUCAAACUUGGAUACACAUGCAUUAGAUGCCUUGCUUGGUUUAGGUGGCUUCCAAAUUGCUGGUCAAGAAUAUGUAGAUGCUAGUCCUGAUCUUUUCUCUAGCUUUAAUAUCUCCAGCUAUGUUAUGAAUGCUAUGAAGGCCCUUAAGGUAGAUCUAACGCUUUCUUCUGGUAUCGACAUUGGUCAAUAUUCCAAUGAUUUGGCGUUCUCUCAAAGAGAUGUAGCUAUCGCUUCUGAUAGUUCCGUCACUAUGUUGAUACCUAUUGUUGGUCAACCUAUUGUACAACAAAUUGUCGAUGGUUCUGUUUUGUCUUUUGACACCAUUAUACUAUCUGCACCUACCAACAAUGACUUUACUGUUCAGAUGAAGGGGAAAAUUGCUAAUGCGGGUCCUAUGGAUGCCACUAUUAUGUUCCCUACUCCUCUCAAUGUUGCUUGGGAAGGAAUGACACUGGGCCAGGUUUCUAUGCCAGAUAUCAACUCUAAGGCCGGCGUGGGUGCUUCUUUCGACGUCACUGGGAAAUUCACUAUCAAGAAUACAGAUGAUAUGGCUUCCUUUGCUACUUUCAUGAUCAACAAUGGUGCUUUUGAAUGGGAAAUUACUACUCAAGACGUCAGCGUCAAUGCUUUAGGUUAUACUUUCAGUAAGAUUACCAUGCAAAAAUAUGUUACUUUGUCAGGUGCUAAUGGUUUCAAGGAUGCUGUUACUAUCAAUAAGUUUGAUUUGCCCUCCAACGAUCCUGCCGGUGGUAUUACUCUCACUGCUGAGACAACCAUCAAGAAUCCCUCUCAAGUCGGUUUCAAUCUCUCUGGAGUUGCUUUUGAGUCCUCCUAUAAGGGUACUGUUCUUGGCCCUCUUGGCUCCAAUGGUGCUGCUGUCUUCCCUCCUCAAGGUACAGCUAGCAUUUCUUUGAAGGGUCGUCUUGUUCCACAAAAAGGUGAAGGUUUAAAAGCUGUUGCCGAAAUUUUUGAUAACUAUUUGAGUGCCAAUGAUUCCAUUAUUAAUGUUAAAGGUGUCUCUGGUUCUGGCCCUAAUGGGGUGGUCAAUUGGUUGAGUACAGCUUUUAAAACAUUGACGAUUCCGAAUGUGGUUAUGCCUGGUCCUAAAGUUAAACCUCAACUGAUUCCUGGUAUUACUAUGAAACAAAUGACGCUUGACUUGACCAAAGAUCCUUGGGCUCCUCCUACAAGCUCCAGCAAUGUUGAGGCACAAUUAAAGAGUCCUUUUGGCUUCCCUCUCAGUGUUAGUCAGCUAGAGAUGAAUGUAAUGGCUCAAUAUCAAGGCGCUGACGUGGCGUCUCUGAAUGUUCCUGCACAAAAGGCGAUCACUAGCCCCUCUGGUUUGGUUUCUACCCAAUUUAGCGAUAUUCCGUUCAAGGUUCAAAAUAAGGAAAUCUUCACUGGAUUUGUGCAGUUGUUGACAAUGUCACCAAGCGUUACUUUCGGUUUGAAGGGCACCUCUAAUGCCAUUGCUGAAACUGCUAUUGGUGCCAUCAGUCUUCAUGAUAUCGGUUUCAAUGUCGAUACAGCGCUCGCAGGUUUUGCUAACUUUGGAGGUUCUGUUAAGACAAACUCCAUUGUUAUCGCUGGUGGUACUCCUGAAUACACUCUUGUAAACCUUGGCUUUUCAAUGGCCAAUCCCUCUAACAUUACUAUCAAUGUGGGUGAUAUUAAUUUUGACGUUAUCAUGAACGAAUCGGGUAGUGUUGUUGGCCGUGUUUACGUUGAAAAUGUGAUUAUUCCUCCCGGUCUUACAGAAUAUACCGGUGAAAUGCAUUUAGGUGAAAAGACUACUGAUAAGAAAUCCAUUGGUCAAUUGUUCAGUAACUAUCUUACGUCAGCUAAUACAUCACUUACUAUUACCGGCUCUUCUGAAUCCACAAAAAUUGCUCCUUUGGUUCCUGCCUUAUCCUCUGUGAAGCUUAAUACGGAAAUGAGCGGAAUUGCUGCCAAUUUGAUAUCUCAAAUCCAAGUCAAAGGUAGUUUACUGGGUAUGUUAUCUCGAAAGGAAGCUACCUCCGUUGUCUCUUUGGCUAACCCCAUGGAUGCCCCUUACCAAAUCAAAUCUGUCCAAGCAUCUGUGACUUUCACUCCUUCUUCUGCUACGAUUCCUUCAUUCACUGUUGGUACCAUUGAUUAUCAACUUCCUAACCCUGUUACAGUUCCUGCGAAAGGCACCGCUACUUCUGACGAAUGGCCCGUUGUUGUUGGUGAAGCUAGUGCAUCUCAGUUACUUGCCUUGAUUACAGACAAGAACAAGUACCUUGAUGUUCAACAAAAUGUGACGGUCAUUGUAGGUAAAGGCUAUGAAACAGAGAUGUACUAUUAUCAAAAUAAAGUGCCUUUCAGCAUUUCAUUUGGAAGCCUCUUAGAAAUCGGUAUUACACCCGAUCAAAUUGCCGGAAUGGAGUUACCAUCCAACAUUACCGAACAAGGGCUCCACAGUAUUUUGGCUGGUAAAGGUACUACUAGUACGGCUACUGCUGCUACAUCAAGCACUGUUACAGCUACAACCAUUGUAACUACAACUACAGAUUCUUCUCAGACAAGUAAAGACAGUAUGACUGAAGCGCUUCCUACUAAAACUGAACAAGAGAAGUCUGCUCCAACCUCAACGGAAACCUUUACCACCACAGCUAAUGGCGUGAAAUUUAAGCUUCCAUUCUAA